AUGUCACCAUCACCAAUGACCUUAAUUGCAACUACUACUUCUUCAACUGUUCCAAAUGUUUCUGCAACAUCUUUAACUACCACAAAUGCUUCUGUUACUCAAAAUGUUCCUAAUCAAUAUUCUGAUACACAACAGUAUUCUAUCACACCAUUCUUUAAUCCUAUAACAUUAAACAAAACUACAGAAUAUGAUAAAACAAAUGAUAAUUCAAAUGAUUAUGAAGAUAAUGAGUCUAAUCUUAAGAAAAGAAAAGGUAAUCAUUUUGAUUAUGAAAAAGAUCAAUAUGCAUAUUCAUGCAAAAUUCAACAAAAACAACAUGAUGAACAAAUAGAUAUAUUUAAACA